CUAUGUAGCAAAUAAUCAGUGAUUUAAAAUGCACCAUCCAAUGUAUGAAUCCAAUCUUUUCACAGAGCACACUAUGGCAACCCCCCUGGAAGAUGUUGGCAAGCAGGUUUGGCGAGGGGCAUUCCUUUUGGCUGACUUCAUCCUCUCUCAGCCGGUCAUGUUUAGAGGAGCUACAGUCCUUGAGCUUGGAGCGGGAUUAGGGUUCUCCAGUGUUGUCAUGGCAACCACAGCCAAAACAGUGUACUGCACAGAUGUGGGAGAAGACCUUCUAAGCAUGUGCAAGAGAAAUGUGACAUUAAACAGACACAUGACGGAGCCUGCAGGUGGUGAAGUGAGAGUGAGGCAGUUGGAUUGGCUCCAGCAUUCCCUUUGUACAGGUAACACACCAACAUUUCCAAGACCUGCUACGGCAUAA